AGCCCCCCUCACACCAGCCCGGCUGCCUCAGCUCAACGGGGGCGGUAAAGCGCGGCUGUCUCCGGAGCUCCUCUCUCCCCGCCGGAUCCAAGGAAGACCAACUCUCUCUUGUUUUGUUUUACUUUUUCCUCCAUAACUUCUGGAAUCCCGCAGGGGUUAUCACCACCGGGAUACGAGCUGUUUGGCGUCAGCUGAUGACUGUGGAGUGUGUGCGGAGGUCGGGGCCGGUUCUGGGGGAGGAGGAGGCGGUAGCAGAGGCGAGCUAACGCGGCUCCACUGCAGAGGACGACGGGGGGAGACUCCAGCCGAGCUGGACCUGGAUCAGUUCAUGCUGCUUCUUUAAUCCCGGCCUGGAUGACACCACAACGAACCUGACCAUCAUUUUAAACAAAACCCCCAUCCCACCUGUGAUUUGGAAUAUCAGUAACAGAUCAGAGGGGAUUAUUUCUGCACCUCUAAGUGGAUUUCGGCCUCCCCUUGUCUGCAAGGAAUACACUUUUGCACAUUGAGUGAGCCUCCUCACUCAAUGUUUUCAGCAGCGGCAGCGGCCACCUGACCCCCCCACCCCCUGCACGGCGGCCGGACAUGCUGAAGUGUAUCCCCCUCUGGCGCUGCAACCGCCACGUCGAGUCGGUGGACAAGCGGCACUGUAACCUGCAGGCGGUCCCCGAUGAGAUAUUCCGCUACAGCCGGAGUCUGGAGGAACUUCUUCUGGAUGCCAACCAACUCAAAGAGCUGCCAAAGCCCUUCUUCAGACUACUGAACCUACGCAAGCUCGGCCUCAGUGACAAUGAGAUCCAGAGACUCCCUCCGGAGGUGGCCAACUUCAUGCAGCUGGUGGAACUGGACAUCUCCAGAAACGACAUUCCAGAAAUCCCCGAGAGCAUUAAGUUUUGCCGGGCGCUGGAGAUCGCAGACUUCAGUGGAAACCCCCUUUCCAGAUUGCCGGAUGGUUUCACUCAGCUCCGAGCGCUGGCUCACUUGGCACUCAACGAUGUGUCGCUACAGACUUUACCCGGCGACAUUGGAAAUCUGGCCAACCUGGUGACGUUGGAGCUCAGGGAGAACCUGUUAAAGUCUCUGCCCACGUCACUCUCUUUCCUGGUGAAACUGGAACAGCUGGACCUGGGCAGCAACGAACUGGAAGUUUUGCCGGACACCCUUGGUGCUCUUCCCAACCUGCGGGAGCUGUGGCUAGACCGUAAUCAGUUAUCCUCAUUACCACCUGAGCUGGGAAACCUUCGCCGGCUGGUGUGUCUGGAUGUGUCAGAGAACCGGCUGGAGGAGCUUCCCUCCGAGCUCAGCGGCCUCCUGGCUCUCACCGACCUGCUGCUCACACAAAACGCGCUGGACGUCGUCCCGGACAGUAUCGGCUGUCUGAAACAACUGUCCAUCCUGAAGGUGGACCAGAACAGACUGACCCACUUUACUGACUCUAUAGGGGAGUGUGAAAACCUUACAGAGCUUGUUCUCACAGAAAAUCUUCUGCAGUCACUCCCUCGUUCGCUGGGCAAGCUGAAGAAGCUGACCAAUCUGAAUGUAGACCGCAACCGGCUGGGCAGCGUGCCCAAAGAACUGGGCGGCUGUGCCAGCCUCAACGUUCUCUCGCUGAGAGACAAUCGCCUGGGCAAGCUGCCUGCUGAGCUUGCAGAUGCCACCGAGCUGCAUGUACUGGAUGUAGCUGGAAACCGAUUACAAAAUUUGCCUUUUGCCCUGACAAACCUCAACCUGAAGGCCAUGUGGCUCGCAGAGAACCAGUCACAACCCAUGCUCAAGUUCCAGACAGAGGACGACGAGCGGACGGGGGAGAAGGUGUUGACCUGCUAUUUACUGCCUCAGCAGCCUUCGCCAAGCCUCGAGAAUCUGCUUCAGAACAGCGUGGACGACAGCUGGACAGACAGCAAUCUGAACCGAGUGUCAGUCAUCCAGUUCCAGGAGGAGACCAAAGCUGAGGAGGAGGACGACGAAGCCGCUGCAGAGCGCAGGGGCCUUCAACGUAGAGCCACUCCGCACCCCAGCGAGCUGAAGGUGAUGAAGAAAGUGAUAGAGGAGAGGAGGAACGAGGCCUACACAUCCAAACCUGAUGGAGAAGACGACUCCCUUGACCCAGAGGAGAAACGACUGAGUGACCUUUCCAACCAGAGCCACGACUCCCAGGUGUCCCGAAGCACACUGUCGGCCACCUCCCAGGAGGACAGACAAAAUGUGAGCCUGGCCUUCCAGAGAGAGGGCCUCGCAGAUGGCCAUUCCCCCCAGGAGGAGGAAGACCUCGAUGAGAUGGAGGUUGAGUACAUUGAGCCCACGGUGCACUUUGCAGAAGAGCCCAUCAUCCGCGGUGGGGAGGAGGAUGAGGAGGAGGACGGGGAGAACGGUGAGAGGAGUGACGAGGAAGACGAGAGGCCAGCGUUACCCGCCGAGAAGCAGCGGCUGAUCAGAAAGGACACGCCACACUACAAGAAGCACUUCAAAAUCACCAAGCUGCCCAAACCUGAGGCGGUGGCCGCGCUGCUGCAGGGGUUCAGUCCUGACGGGCUCAGCUCCCCGACACAGGCUGCUCAGGACGGGCGGGACGACGAGGAGGACGAGGAGGAGGAGGAGGAGGACGAGGACGAGCUCGGCGUCUGCACGCCUCAGCUCCAUCGCAGAAGAGAGGACCUGGACGACAGCCGGCUACAGGCCAACUCCAGUCAAGUGAAGGGGGUGUCAUUUGAUCAAGUCAAUAAUCUGCUGAUUGAACCUGCUCGAAUUGAGGAGGAAGAGCACACUCUGACCAUUGUGCGACAAACGGGCGGCUUGGGUAUCAGUAUAGCAGGAGGGAAAGGAUCUACGCCUUACAAGGGCGAUGACGAGGGAAUCUUCAUCUCCAGAGUAUCUGAAGAAGGUCCUGCUGCGAGGGCCGGGGUUAAAGUGGGAGACAAGCUUCUGGAGGUGAACGGCGUGGACCUGCACGAGGCAGAGCACCACACGGCGGUGGAGGCUCUCCGCAGCUCCGGGGCGACCGUGUCCAUGACGGUGCUGCGGGAGCGCAUGGUGGAGCCGGAGAACGCCAUCACCACCACGCCGCUGCGGCCAGAGGACGACUACUUCCCCCGGGAGAGACGGAGCAGCGGUCUCGCCUUCAACGCCGAGGCCACUCCCAGCGGGCCGUGGCAGCGCUUCUCCACCUGCCUGAUCCGCAACGACAAGGGGCUGGGGUUCAGCAUCGCCGGGGGAAAAGGCUCCACACCCUACCGCACCGGAGACACGGGGAUCUACAUCUCCCGAAUAGCUGAGGGCGGAGCAGCACACAGAGACAGCACGCUGCGUGUAGGUGACAGGGUGAUCACUAUCAAUGGUGUAGACAUGACAGAGGCCAGGCAUGACCAGGCAGUAGCGCUCCUUACUGGCACCUCCCCCACCAUCGCUCUGCUGGUGGAGCGAGACCUGAGUGCACCAGGGGGCUCUCCCGGUCAGAACAGGGCCCGCCCCCACUCCCCUCCACCUCCAGAACCCUCAGAUUCCCCGGACCAGGAGGAAGACGGCCUUCAAGGGAACCAUUUGGGCCAGAUGGAGGACGAGUAUCCCAUUGAGGAAGUGGCCCUGGUCAAGUCAGGCGGGCCGCUAGGUCUGAGCAUUGUGGGAGGCAGCGACCACGCCAGUCAUCCUUUUGGCGUCAAUGAACCCGGGGUGUUCAUCUCAAAGGUGAUUCCUCACGGUCUGGCAAGUGAAAGUGGGCUGCGUGUUGGGGACCGGAUACUAGAGGUGAACGCCAUCGACCUGCGGCACGCCACGCACCAGGAGGCUGUACGCGCCCUGCUGGCCAACAAGCAGGAGAUCCGCAUGUUGGUGAGGCGGGAUCCUUCCCCGCCGGGGAUGCAGGAAAUAUUGAUCCAGAAGCAACCGGGAGAGAAGCUCGGCAUCAGCAUCCGCGGGGGGGCCAAAGGUCACGCUGGAAACCCCUUCGACCCCACAGACGAGGGGAUCUUCAUCUCCAAGGUGAGUUCCACUGGAGCAGCUGCGAGAGAUGCGAGACUGCAGGUGGGCAUGCGUAUUCUGGAGGUGAACAACCACAGCCUGCUGGGAAUGACACACACGGAAGCGGUGCGGGUGCUGCGCGCGGUCGGGGACUCGCUGGUCAUGCUGGUGUGUGAUGGCUUCGACCCCAACAAAGUGGCUGCUGUGGAGGCGUCCCCCGGCAUCAUUGCAAACCCAUUUGCAACGGGCAUCGUGCGCAAGAACAGUCUGGAGAGCAUCUCCUCCAUAGACCGAGACCUGAGCCCUGAGGAGAUGGAGAUAAUGCAGAAGGAGUCUGAGAUGGUUCGAGAGACAUCGCAGUGGGAACGAGAAGAGAUGGAGAAAGUGGAGCGUAUGCGCUUGGAGCGAGAGGAGGCAACUCGCCUGCUAGAAGAGGAGACGGAGAAUAUUGGCACUGGACCUUUAAAACUUGACUACAAAACCCUGGCUGCACUGCCCACCACCAGUCUGCAGAAGGUCAACAGGUUUGCUACCUCUGUUUCUCUGACCGCUCCCAUGGAGGCUCCCCUGCUCGCCACUUUUGAGCCCUUGACCUUCGGGUUGAGUCAACCCGCCAACCCCCACAGCCCCAAUCCAAACACGGACCUCGGCCAUCUUCACGUACCCCACUUCUCCCCCAACGACGAUGCCGGCUCCACAACCACUAUUGACUCGGGAUCAACAUAUAUUCCUGAAGAGGACGAGGAAGAGGAAUGUCUGGUGGACUCGCAGUCCAUCUGCUUCAAAGAGAACCCGUUCUUGGUGGCCAACCGCAAAGGGAAGGCUCUUCCCCGGGGAGAGCAGAUCCUGUCGGGGCCUCCUGUGGGCUACGGCAAGAAGGGCCAGCUGCAGCCCUGGCUGUUCAGCAAGGCUCCUUCCUCUGACUACGCCAGGACGGAGAGCCCCGUCAGGGAAGCACCUUAUUCUCCGACCAUUCAGCCGCCCAGCCAGCACUCUUCCAACAGCUCCCUGUGUGCAGGCAGGGAGACGCGCUUCGCAAACGUUCAUUACACCUCCACCCCCACUGCCAAGGACAUCAACUCAUCAUCAACGCGACCUGGUGCCAUCCAGCCGGUGGGCCGUGCGCGGCCCGGCACGUCUCCUGCGACGCCGGAGGGCCACAGUCCCAACCCCUUCCAGCAUGGUCCCUCCCCCUUCAAUACCCCGACCUCUCCUCGUGCCCCCUCCCCCACCUCGCCCGACGAGUUCCCAAUGAAUGUCAAGCAGGCAUACAAGGCGUUUGCCGCCGUGCCUCGCUCACUUGCAGUGCUGGAGCCGCCGCAGGAUCUGUAUGGUGUGAGGAACAAUUACCACACAACACCACAUUCUCAGGAGCCUGAGUCGGACAACGAGGUGUUUGACGAUGACAUAGAUGGUCAGGAGGGAGCUGGGGUCUCCCUCUCUUCUGACCGCCAGGAGUAUAUGAGCCUGGCGGCGGUGCCUCGCCUCCCCAGGCGUUCCCAGGACCUGCAGAGUCCAUCUCCUGUGGGCCGGGACAGCCCAGAGCAGCGCUCCUUUAGGGACAGGCAGAAGUACUUUGAGAUCGACAUGAAGCAGCAGACACCGGAGAAACCCAAACCUCGGGUGUCCCUGGUUGGAGAGGAUGACCUCAAGAAGAUGAGGGAAGAGGAAGAGAGGAAGUUUGAGCAGCGGGCGCGGGAGUACUUGUUGGAUGAAGAGGACGAGGAUGAGGAGGAGGAGGACCUGGCAAAGCAGGUUGCACACAUGAAGGCUACAGGCAAGGUCUUGUUGGAUGGAGUGGAGUACAAGGUCGAGCCGGUUUCCUCUCCAUCCCAGCACUGUCCCACCCCCCCGAGCUACAACGUCACACCACCCAGCUACUGCGGCAGCUCAGGGCCGUCAUCCGUCGAUGGUAAGGGAGAUUCACAAAGAAAUUCACUGGAAGACAGUUUCAGGCUGGAGCAGAGGCCCAACUCAAUGACUGGUCUGAUCCCAGCGUACCCCGGAGAGACGGCAGCUCCCAUCCGCACAGCCAAAGCAGAGCGCAGGCAUCAAGAAAGGCUUCGCAUGCAGAGCCCUGAGCUUGCUCUGUCCCCCGACAAGGACCUGUCUCCUGCGGAGAAACGGGCUCUGGAAGCAGAGAAGAGGGCCAUGUGGAGGGCAGCACGGCCGUGUGGCCUAGAGGAGGAUGUUAGACAGUAUGAGCAGGACCUGGCAAAGAGGCUGUACCAGGCCCGAGUGAGGGCCUCUCAGGGCGCGGCCGCUUCCCCCCAGCCCCCCACUUCCUCCUGUACCUCCUCCUCCGCAGCCUCCCAGCUCAGGAUGAAGUCCCUGGAACAAGAUGCACUGAAGGCUCAGAUGGUCAUUGCCAAGUCUCGAGACGGGAAGAAGCGCGGGACGCUGGAUCAGCUGACGGAGUCGCCCUCGCCAGCUCCCACACCUUCUCCCACCCCUAUGGAAGAGCUCAGUCCUCGAGGAUUGACCUCCCCGGGUCGGCUGUCCCUGUCAUCAAAGAAGUUUGACUACCGACAGUUUGCUGCCAUUCCUUCUUCCAAACCCGUAUACGACAUCCAGUCCCCUGAUACAACUGAAGAUUUACAGUACAUCGAUGGCUCGAGCAACCCAGGGCACACCGAAAGCCCUGAAGUGGAGAUCUCCAUCCCGCUACCUGCCACCUCUGCCCUGGAGGAGAUGGCCUUGUACAGUAACAAGCGCAAACUGAGGCAGGGCCGGCGCAGCCUGGAGACCGCUGUGCCCACAUAACACCUCACUGGCUGGAAGAAACCAAAACCAUAAUGCGAACACACACAUUUACAAUGUGGAGCCCACAAGAGGUGCACAUUCACUACAUGUUGCAGUGUCAGAGUGAAGCUUUUAUUCAUAUAUAAUAUACAUAUAUAUGAAUAAAACCACUGCUAAGACUAAGAAGCUGAUACACUCAUAUCCUGCGUGCCAGUCUUGCCUUUACAGUCUGGGUGUGUUGGCAAGCUGCUCAUCAGUCCCUAAAGGGCAACAAAGAGCUACUGUAGUUAGCUGUUAGCUUUGACUGCUAAGUACACACCGUUCAUUUUGCCCCCACGCCUCGACCUUCAGUUUGCCAGAUAGUCUGAUUUUAACUUGAGGGUGAUUACAUUUUUUAGCUUGUUUUUAUUUUUGGACCAUCCGUGAUCUCGCUGUUCAAAAAAAAAAAGAAAAGAAAAAAAACUAUAUAUAUAUAUAAAUGUACUGGACAAGAAAAGAAAUGGGUCACAGCUAUACUAACUGCUUGAAUUAUAUCAUGAGGCUUUCACUAAUUAGACUAUAAAGUAUCUGAUUUCUUGAGACUUGGGAAGAGAGGAUUGUAAAUAUUAGUUGAGGAGGGAACAGCUUGCUACCUUCAUAGUCACAAGUUGUGGACAGCUUUUGUUGUUUUUUUUAAACAAAGUACAUAUCAUUUUUGCACUGCCAAUGAUCAGCUUUUUGACAACCUAUAUCUUAAUUUAUUGUUUUUACUAUUUUACUCAAAUUAAAAGGCCUUUUAUUUGACAGUUUUAGCCCAUCCGCUACUACAACUCAAUGUCAGUUUUACAAUUAUGAGUCAAAGGUUUUAACAGGUCAUAUGCAUAUCAGUAUCUACUUUAAUCUUUCUGUAGAAGUUACUCGACAGGCAAGAAUUGUGGCUGUUCAGUCGAAGCCCCGCUGUUGCACGGUGGUUUCUUCUGCCAUUAAUGCGUUGUAUCAAAAUGCUGGUUUUUCUCGUCUUGGCAGACUUUAAAAGAGCCUCUGUCCAGAUUUCUGACCUGCGUUACAUUCCCCUGCAGAGAGCAUGGCUAUAGGCGGCAGCACUGAGCACGUACAUAUCUCAACAGCUGAUUCUUUUUUUUGGGAGCUUUUUAGCAUCAUUUAUUAAUGGUACUUAUCCUGCUCUGUUGAGGGUUGUUUUCUUUUUCAUUGAUCAAUGUGAAUCAUUCAUGUUUGUCGUCGCAGUAUCAGGAGCUAUGCCACAGUGAUGUGAAGGUAGCAGGUUUCUAUUUUUCUGUCUAUGGUUAAUUUAAAUCUGAUGCCACUGAAAAUCACUUAUUUUUGUGUGAAUAAUGUACAAAUACUGAAAAGAAAAGAAAUUCUGGGAUUGAAACUGAGCCAGUCUUGACCUAGACAAAGCAAGUGUCUGGACUGCUGAAGCGUCUGGGCUUGGACGUGCUUGGUGUUGGGAUGCUCCGCGCAUGUAUAUGGGUGUGUGGAUGGGAGAGCCGCGAGAGGCCGAGCCGGUUAGGAAUCCCUCUCAAGACGUAGAUCACAUUCAGCUUACAGCUCGACAUACUGUCAGUUUAUGUAUCUGAUGGGUAUUAAUGCAGAAUCACAGCAUCGUAGCAUUUUAAUUUAAUGUAGGGUGUUCUAAUUGUAGAUUUCCAUAUUGCUUUCACUGACUGAAAUUCAGUUUAACAUUUGCAUUGUUUUAUUUUUUUUUAAGAACUUUUGGUAGGUGCCCCCCCCCCAGAUGAGUUUUACUACUUUGAUGCCGUGUUUCAAGUUUCUGUGUUUAUUCUUUCGUCUUGAGCUCUUCUUUGGGGGCUUUUAUUUGCGAAUAGGCUGGAGGGAAGGGGUCUGAAGUCCUAGGGUCAAGGGUUAUAGCUCAUAUAAGACUGUAACUAGUGAAUUUGUACAACCAAAGAAGUCUAUUUUGUGGUUCAGGAAUAAUAAAUUUUACUUUUCAUUUAAGAAACUGAUUCACUGCGUAUUUUAUUUUUUGUC